AUGAGUCAGGCACCAAGUAGUAUUGGUUCUGGUUCUGCUGCAAGUGUUAAUGCCGAGUCACUUCCGGUUGAACCUGGUGAUGUGGAUGACAAAGCUCCUUUGUGGAUUUAUACAAAUAAGAUUGAAAAGAUGUCCGGCGGAGGAUCUUGGAGGAUGGUAGGAAAAGGUGUCAAAGCUUGCCCGAAGGUCACUCCUCAACAACUAGCUAAUAUGAGCAAGUUACUCAAUGAUUGCAAAGAAAGAGUCAAAAAUGCAGCCCCAAAAUCAGUUCCAUUGCCUUCAUCAUCGAGGAAUGCAGCAACUUCUUCACUUGAUUAUGAUAUGAGUUUUACUUGUAGUAAUCCAACAUCAAGUGAAGUGGGCCCAAAGAAGAGGAAGGGAAUGGGUACGGCUUUGGAAAAAGCAUUUCAAAAUAAUUCUAGGGAGCAAUGUAAUGGUGAGAUAGCUAGAAUGUUUUACACAGGUGGCUUGUCUUUCAACCUUGCAAGAAAUCCUCAUUACCGUAGGUCGUAUGUGCGUGCUUCCAACAUUCCAGGAUAUGUUCCACCCGGUUACAAUGCAUUGAGGACUACACUUCUUCAAAAGGAAAGGAAGAACAUUGAACUUCAUUUACAGCCGAUCAAGGACUCAUGGAAAGCUAAAGGGGUGAGUAUAUGUAGUGAUGGUUGGUCUGAUCCGCAAAGGAGACCCAUCAUUAACUUGAUUGCUGCAAAUACGAAUGGUCCGAUGAUGUUGAGGGCAGUAAAUAGUCAAGGUGAAGUGAAAAGUGGUGAGAUGAUUGCUGAGUUGAUUAUAGAAUGCAUAAAGGAGGUUGGUCAUGAAAAUGUGGUUCAAAUAAUCACCGACAAUGCUUCUAAUUGUGUGAAGGCCUGUGCACUUAUUUCAGCCAAGUAUCCUACUAUCUUCUGGACACCAUGUGUAGUACAUACCUUGAACCUUGCUGUGAAGAAUAUAUGUGCACCUUCGCUGCAGACAAGAAACAAUGAUGAUGUGUAUGAUGCUUGUAAAUGGAUAGGGCCUCUUGCGGAUGAUGUUUCAUUCAUCAAGAAUUUCAUAAUGAACCAUGGGAUGAGGUUGGUGAUGUUUACUGAGCACUGCGACCUUAAGCUCCUUACAGUUGCUUCAACUAGGUUUGCCUCCACACUGGUGAUGUUCAAGAGAUUUAAGAAAAUAAAAUCUGGUUUGCAACAAAUGGUAAUCAGUAAUAAAUGGGAUGAUUACAAAGAAGAUGAUAUGAGAAGGGCUGCUGCAGUGAAACAAAAGAUAUUGGAUGAGAUGUUUUGGGAUGAGCUUGAUUAUAUUUUAUCUUUCACUGAGCCCAUAUAUAGUAUGAUUAGACGUUCAGACACUGAUAAGCCGUCUCUUCAUUUAGUGUAUGAAUGGUGGGAAGAUAUGAUUCAGAAUAUGAAGAAAGCUAUAUAUAGGAAAGAAAGGAAGCAACUACAUGAGGAUUCAAGCUUUUGGAAUGCCGUGCAUAAGAAGAUAAUUCCAGAAAAAGCUCCUCAUCAAGAUAUUGAUAUUACUAGAGAAAGAAAAAAUUGCAUUUUGAAGUAUUAUGAUGAUGCAAAUCAGCGGAGAGACGUUAAUGUGGAGUACUCCAAUUUUUCGUUGUGUAUGGAUGAUUUUUGUAAUGUUGAUGCAAUGCAUGAUAGGUCCAUCCUACACCCUUUGAAAUGGUGGGCAGUUCAUGGAGCUUCAGCACCAAGGCUUCAAGCCUUAGCAUUCAAGUUGCUUGGGCAACCAUCUUCAUCCUCAUGUUGCGAAAGGAAUUGGAGUACUUAUAAGUUCAUACAUUUCGCAACAAGAAACAAGAUUACUCCACAAAGAGCGGAAGAUUUGGUAUUUGUACAUACCAAUCUUCGCCUUUUAUCUAGAAGUAGCAACUCUUACAAACAAGGUCCGACUCAAAUGUGGGAUGUUGGAGGUGAUCAAUUUGAUUCAUUAGAUGAAACUAAUCUUGGGAGGCUCAAGUUUGAGGAUCUUUCUCUUGAUGAACCAUCGUUGGAGGCUGUUUUGUUUGAUCAUGUUCAUGAGAAUGAGGAUGAUGUCUUUGUUGAUCAAGUAGACUAG